AUUGCAAGCGGCUGAAGUGUGUGUGGCUGCAAUGUUUGUGGGUUAGAUGAGAAGCGCUGAGUGAACCAGGGAAGGAGGGGGAGGCUGGUGUGAUUUGUUUGGUGUUCAGAGCCAAUAGAAAUCCCAGACCGUGCUAAUAUCCCCAUGCAGCGGCGAGAGGAGUCAGAGCGGAGACUCCCGGGCUGCGCUCGCAUCUGCAGGCGCGGCCAGGCUGGGCCGGCGCCUCUCCUAUGGGCGUUUGCUGGAGUCCGUCUGCGGUGCCACGGAGCGCGGCCGCGGGGGACGCAACUUGGAGCCCGCCGUGGACUAUAGCACCCAGAGGAGAGGCAGAGGGAGAGAGCAGGGACCGUAGGAAGAGGCUCCAUCGCGUCAUUGCAGGAUGUUCCGGAAGCUUUCUCUCUCCUUCUUCCUGCUGGCCGUGCUGGUGAAAGUGGCUGAAGCCCGGAAGAACCGGCCGGCGGGCGCCAUCCCCUCUCCUUACAAGGACGGCAGCAGCAACAACUCGGAGAGAUGGCAGCACCAGAUCAAAGAGGUGCUGGCCUCCAGCCAGGAGGCGCUGGUGGUGACCGAGCGCAAGUACCUCAAGAGUGACUGGUGCAAGACGCAGCCGCUGCGGCAGACGGUGAGCGAGGAGGGCUGCCGCAGCCGCACGAUCCUCAACCGCUUCUGCUACGGCCAGUGCAACUCCUUCUACAUCCCGCGGCACGUGAAGAAGGAGGAGGAGUCCUUCCAGUCCUGCGCCUUCUGCAAGCCCCAGCGCGUCACCUCGGUCCUCGUGGAGCUCGAGUGCCCCGGGCUCGACCCGCCCUUCCGACUCAAAAAGAUCCAGAAGGUGAAGCAGUGCCGGUGCAUGUCGGUGAACCUGAGCGACUCGGACAAGCAGUGAGCGCUGGGCAGGACGCGGCUCAG